UAUUGAUUGAAUGCGGUCUAGGUGUUUACGCGGUUCCAAGUAAAACCCGUGGAAAAGCGUAUCGAUUGCCGUGUGGCCCGGUUCGAGUGCUCGCGAACGAUCCACUUGGUGUACCAGUUGCACCACGCGGUGAUAGAAUGAGCGGCAGCGACGGCGAGGACGGUCAAUGCAAUAGGACGAGAGAAAGCAACGUAGUAGCCAUGGGUGACGUUCUCGCCAAGAAACACACAGACGAUGCACCUCUCGAUGCCUGCACCGAUGCAGACGACGGUUCCGCGCGACUAGACGCGGAUCUGAUCGCUGAUUACGAGAGCGACGCUGUCAGGUCGCCUGUCGUCGCGGACUUUGUUCCUGACGCGAAUAUAGCACUAGAUGAGAAUGCAGUCAAUGCUUUCAUCAAAGGUGCAGGGGAUCCUGGAUACGUACAAAGGGAUAUGUAUAAAGCAAAGCGAGAUUUCUGCAUAGAAGAGCUGCAAAAGUUUGUAAAAUUCCAGAGUUUGUGGAUGAAAUUGUUACAGUACAUGCGUGAACUUAUUAAUAAACGUACUCCAGGAAGCUUAUCGUUGCAACAGAAUGCACUUUCUAUGGAUAAUAUGCAUGAGAUUGUUCUACAACUGCGCAAUUUGGAUUCUGAGCAGUUAUUUAUGAGGCUAGUGAGUCAAGCGCGACAAUUUGUUGUAAAAGUAAAAGUUCGAUUGUUAGCUCUUCUACAUGAUCAUAGUGAAAAUAAUUUAGCAGAAAUUUUUCUUACAGGUCUCUUAGAUGAUUAUGAUGCACUGAUAUCAACGGCAUCACAAAUUUCUGAAUUACUGAAACCUUUGAAGGGUUACUUGUGCAAGUUUACAUGGGACUGUUUCUUUAAAAAGUUAUAUCAGAUCUAUGUAUACGACGACCCGUUGGUACACAAUAAUUUGUCUACCUUUAUCAUACAGUUAAGGAAACUUUUGCCUUUGAAAGGUACGAAAUAUCAAGGUCUCGUUCAUCGAUAUUUAGCAUUUGAUGACAAGAUGACGAAAAUUAGGGAUCUGUGGCCAGAUACUGAACCAUGGAUGGACAAAUUUAAUGCAGUACAAGCAGUUCAUAUGACCAGGCUCAGGAAAAUUCGGAAGCCUUGCGAAUCAUUUCCGGUGCCUAGAAAAUUUAUAGAGCAUCGUAUGUCAAACAAGCCGCUUGAUAGUGAAAACAACUUACAAGAACUUAUUGAACAUCUGUCAACGCUUGUGGCACAAGGAACAUUUAGUAUCCCUGGAAUAGACAGCAGACCAUUAAGUCCGACUGAUUCGCUGAAUAUGCCUUCGUUUGACGAGAUGGUUCAAAUCGUAUUAGAUGAUUUGAACAGUGACCAACUUUUUAAAGUAGCCGAAACAGCAGAUGCGUUGAUAACGGCUACUUACACCAAUGGAACUCAUACUGAAGAUGGGUGCUUAGAAAAUAAUACAGAAGAGGGGAAGUGUUGCGAAUUUCACACGUGUACAGGAUUUCCAGUGUCGCCGAUCGUAAAUAAAAGCGACACAGAAAGUAUAGGAAAGUGUAGGACACAACACAUUAAUGGUUUUUUAGAAGACACAGCGAAUUGUUCCGCGACGCAGGUGACGAAAAAAAUAGAUCACGUGGAAUCGCAAGAGGCAAACGUGGAUGAAAUCGAAGCGGGGGAUGUUCGGGAGGAUACCGAUUUGAGAAUCGAACCACAACCAUGUGCGUGCGUGUAUCAGCAUGUUAGGGAAAUAACUGAGCGGAAGGUAGAAGUUCUAGAAAAUCCUCCGUGUCUGUGUUUAUUGAAUUCGAAACGGAAGUGGGACACCUGCCCUUGCCUGACAAAACCUGUACCUGAAACGGCCGUAUCGAACAAUUAUCCAAAGUCAGUAUCACCUUCUACCGUGAAGACCAAUCCGGAGCCAAGUAAACCUGCAGUAAAAACUGGUUCUACACAGUCCGCACAAACACAGACAAGGCAUUCUACCACACAGACGCCGAACACCGCUCACAAUCAUGCAAUACACCAGGGUACCACUCAACCUCCGCAUACGCACGGACCCCUUCCAGACUUGGUUAAAAAUACGGCCCCCUCUCACAGAUCUCACACACACAGCAGUCAUUCGUCGCAUGCGUGUCACAAACAAGCUAACGUCGAGCACAUCAAAAGAGUGUCGUGUAACGAUUUAAGUUCCGGGGAUGGUGAUUGUUCCGAUUCCGGAAGUAGUCAAGAGGACUCCUGUUCGACUAGUAGUUCAGCACAAAGAGACUCGAGUAGGCAUUGUGACUGUUGUUACUGUGAAGUAUUUGGACAUGGAGUUCCUUCUGUAGCACCGGUUAGUAGGAAUUAUAAUGAGAUGAGGGAAAGAUUAAGACAAUUACUAACCAAGAAGAAAGCUGAGAAGUGUAAAGCUACUUGUAGUCCUUCGAAAAGCUCUUCAGAGUCGUUGUCGUCUAGUACGAAUCUGGAACUGAAGACAGUGUCUAAUACGGCGCCUAGAUCAAAUACUCCAGUUUCGAUAGCCUCUACUGUCCAACCGGACCAAAGAGACCAGAGGAAUUUAGAGGAGUUGCUGGAGUUCAUUGAAGGAAAUCAGAAUGGAAAAAAAGACAACAAUAAGAAGGCGGAGAAGAAGGCCAGACAAAAACAGCGGAAGGUGGAGGAAAAAUUGAAAAGAGACAGGCAAGAGGCAGAACGACAGAAAUUGAUAGAAUUGCAAAAAAAGACGCCGGAAGUGACGAUUACAGUCGUAGAUCCGCAGAAACCCGUUCCUCAGAGAUUAUUACCUCAGUGUAAUCUACCCGAAGUAUCUAUUUUACCUACGUCACCGCCAGUAGCAUUGCCGACUGUAAAGCAAUUAAGUAAUAAAAAGAAAGACAAGCCAGAAGUUUGUAGCAAUAGUAGUAACACUAGUAGCAGUAGCUGUAGCAGCAGUAGUAGUAGUACCAUUAGUAUAAAUAGCAAAACAAAGGCUGCAUCUGUGAAUACGAAUCUAAAGAACAAAAGUAUUAACGCAAAUAAAAUGGAGAAGACGGUGGUCACUGGCCAGACGCAUAAGAUAAUUAGCAAACCCGACAAAGCCGAAGUAAUUAAUAAAAAUAACAAGGUACUGACGAGUGUCAAUGGCACGAACGUAAAAAGUAGUACAAACGGUACAGAGAAAUCGACGGUCGUGGACUUGAACGAAAAAAAGUUAACGAAGAAAGAGAGGAAGAAGCAGAAGAAAGAGAUGAAGAAACUGGAAGAGGCGAAGGCGAAGGAAGCGAAGAAACCGGUUCCAGCGGAGAGCCAGCCGCAGAUGGUUACUAUUAAAAGGGUCAUGGAGUCGAACAGUGCAGAGCCAACAGUCACAAUCACGUUAAAGGGCCAAACACCGGCCGAGGAUAAGGUAUUGUUUACAUUGGUAAAUGGACAGACCAAGGAAGUUUCUCUUCCCAAGUUGGAAAACGAACAGAAUCAGAAUAUCAGUGGGAAGAAGAAGAAAACCAAAGCAAAUAAUAACAGUAAUAAUAGCAAUAACUCGUUACAACAAGCGAAUAAGGCUCAGCAAAUUAAUAAUUCGAAACAACAGACGCAACAUAAAAUUUCCGACAAUAAGAACGUAAAGCAACAAGGGAACAACAACGAAAAGACUAAGGGAAACAAGAAGCAGAAUAAAAUGAAUACACCACCUCAGACACCUGUCUCCCAAAAGCAAUCGCAGAAUCUAACCAGUGAGAACAACAAGAAGUCAAAGGGUCAGGAACAGGAUAAAAAUAGUCAGUUAAACAAGAACAAUAAAAAUUCGAGUAUUAACGCAGCGACUAAACAAACAAAAAAUGAUAAUCAGAAGUUACAAUGUAAGACACCGCCCCAGCCAACAAUCAAACAGCGAUUAGAGGUUCAACCAGUAUCCACGGAGCGUAUUAAUUCACCCUUUAGCAAUCAGUUCAAGGAUAUUAGUGUAAAUUCGAAGAUCAACAUAGAGAAUUUAAAACUACCGCCCGGUAUUACAAUAACAAAGGUUGACGCGCCCGCGAAGCCAUUGCCGAUAAGAUCAGCUCCGUUACCGAAGCCAGUGACUCCUCCCAAGCAAACCACAAUAAUCGCUGCUCCAAUGAGUAGCGUUCAAUCAAGUUACACGAGUCCCCAGGCAGGUGGCAAUGUGAUUGUCGUGGAUACUGGGAAAUUGAAGCAAGAUCUUCUUCCGAAAGCUGUAGAAAAAGAUGUGCCUAAAGAAACGCAACAGACUCCAAGCACCACAGGGAAGAAGAAGAAGAAGAACAAAAGUGCAGCCGCGAGCUUCGCCAACACAAGCAAUCAGACAACAACAGUGCAAAACAGUGAUCCCUUUCUAAACGAUCACACGGACGAACCGGCUAGAAUACUCCACAAUCCGAACACAAACAUGGUGACCAUAAGGAAUCCUGCGUUCGGUCCGAUGAAAGUGCCGCCGACACAACAAGCGGCUAUUAUAAAAGUAUCCGAGAACGGAAUGGUGACGAUUAGAAGUCCUGCGCUUCAACAAGCGAUCAACGCGGGCCUAACAUCGCCACCGAAGCCCGAUUACAUAGUGAAGGGUGAUCUGUCCGCCAGAACGUCGACGGAAAGCACGAAUUUGAAGCACACCAACGGUAUCAUUCCGUCGAGUCUCGCGGAACUCAGGAGCAGACUGACGCCGGACUGCACGACCCUUAGCGAUCUGGCGAACAUUCAGAUCAGUAAGGUGACGAAUGGUCAGCCGAUACCGGAGAAUGGGAUCAACCUGAAGGGGACCAGCGUGACCCUGACGAAGGUGAGAACAGAGACGAGCAUGAAGGAUGUACAGAGCGCGAAAACAGCGGUCCGUGAAGCGAUAAACGCUUCGAUAGCGGCCUCGAGUACCGGGAAGAGCAAGAAAAAGAAAAAACGCGGAACCGGCACGAGACAGUGCGGCGAUGACUGGAACCUCGUUGAGAGCGUAUUCACGCCCAAAGAUAUAGACCUCGAGGACGGGGAGAUGGACGACGCUGAACGGGAACUGGAGGCCUUCAAGAGGUUUUGCCUGCAAUCGGUGCCGCCACCCCGCAAGGAGAAGGUCAACCUGAAUAUCAAGGACAUCGUGCUGAAAAAGAAAUCAUCAUCGUCGUCGUCGCCCUCGUCAUCGGCGGCUGCCGCGAUCAUCGCCGCGAAUUGACUUCAAACGCACGACCCUUGACAUUAGGAGGAUACGCACGAUUUCUUCAAUCGCGUGUUGGCUUGAUGCGGAAUUAAUAGGAGUUUCUGUGUUUUGUAAAGGGACGGCGAGCCAGGCUGAGAGCUUACACACAGGCCCAGACACGUUUCUCACACGAUCGGAC